CUUAGGGCUAACUACGCUCUCACUCGCAUUGGGCGAGGUCAUGGCGGCGGCCCGGCGCUCUCUUUUCAAUCGGAUUCUUGGAGCGCGCGCGACACUACUGGCUCAAGAUGGCGCAGCUGCGAGCAAGACUGCUGGGGUUUUAGCAGCAUCAUCCAAGCUCCAAGACGAAGAACGGGGGCAUAAUCUCCGCAAUGGCCUCGCGCUCUUGGGAGCCGCGGCAACGAGCGUGUUUGCUGCUGCUGGCUACGUCUAUGCCGACGAGGCGGAUCAUGGCUUGCCCCCGCCAUCAUACAAGUGGCCUUACAAUGGGUUUUUCGAGGCACAGGAUCACGCAUCGAUCCGUCGCGGGCAUCAAGUCUAUGCCCAAGUCUGUGCUGCGUGCCACAGCAUGCAAUACAUCUCAUACCGCCAUCUUAUCGGUGUGGCUUACACGGAGGAGGAGGUGAAGGCUAUGUCGGCCGAAAUUGAGGUGACUGAUGGGCCCAACGAUGAGGGGGAGAUGUUCACUCGCCCCGGAAGACCCAACGAUUUCCUGCCGGCUCCAUAUCCGAAUGAGCAAGCUGCUCGAGCAGCGAAUGGAGGAGCGUAUCCUCCAGACUUGAGCUUGAUGACGAAGGCCAGGUUCAGUGGUGAUGACUACGUUUUCUCUUUGCUCACUGGCUAUCGCGAGCCUCCCGCUGGAGUCAAGAUCAGAGACGGACUUCACUACAAUCCAUACUUCCCCGGGGGUGCCAUUGCAAUGCCACAGAUUUUGAUGGAUGGGGCUGUUGAGUACGAGGACGGGACUCCCGCGACUGCCUCUCAGAUGGCCAAAGAUGUGGUUUGUUUCCUCGCCUGGGCAGCAGAGCCAGAGAUGGACGAGCGCAAACUGAGUGGAUCCAAGUGGUUGUUCGCUAUAGUCCUAAUGUUCUUCGGAAUUACCUACACCAAGAGAUGGAGGUUCGCUCCCAUGAAGGCGCGGAGACUCGUGUUCGAUGUCGUGAACUAAACGAAGAAACCAACGAACUGGAUGGAAAAAUUUUUGUUUUGUAAAACGUUUUGAUGGAAUAAUGUGAAAUAAUCUCCCCCUUUCGUGCC